AUGAUGUGGCUAGGACUCGCUGAAGAGUGGCCGCUCAAGACACAGACUGCAUCGUGGUUUGAUGACUUGAACACAUCAUAUGAAAACAAUGAACACCUCGGUCGCCUAAAAUCGAACUGCUGUUGUAUCUAUACAAGACCUCGAGUGUGGGACGAUCCAACGACGUGGGAGCAGGAUGAAGCUGAGACAGAACAUUGUCGUGGACACACACUUCCUCCUCCUCCAAAACCGAAUGACAGCGACGGAACGCCCUCCAAAGAACCAGAGUCGAAGGACAACUGUCAUGGUCCAUGCUGCUGA